CCCCGGCGGGCGUUUGGCGGGAGAAUUCCAAAACGGGAAGGAGGAGAGCGCGCGCCCAAGAUGUGCAGUGACUGUGUUGUGUAGUUGCCCCGCGUUGGGAACAUCAACACCUGUCAUGGCUUCAAAACGGAAAUUGUUCAAACCUCAUGUCAACAGUGAAAAUCUGAUAGAAGAAUUACCAAAAACAAAAAGGCCUCGAAUCUCUGGAAAGAAAAAGUCUGUUUUACAAGAUAAUGAUAUAGAAAACAAUAAUGCUUUUGGGCAUCUCCUUAAGACUGCAGGGAUUACAUUGAAAGCAGGAGAAAAACAGAACGAAAUAGCUGUAGAUGGAGCAAUUUUCCAGAAAAAGUUGCAUCAAGCCUUAAGAAAACACCCUUCUCAUCCACAGAUUGUUGCAGAAUUCAUCAGUGGCUUGGAAUCCCACAUUGAAAACAGAGAUCAAUUUAGGAAUUGUCUUCUACCAUGCAUACCUGCACAAAAUCAAGAAACAAAUGAUGCAGUGCAUUCAUACUGUGAAAGCCUCAUUAAACUGCUUCUUGGUAUUGAGCUAUUGCAGCCUGCUGUGAUAAAAUUAUUAUUUGAAAAGCUCCCUGAAUUUUUUCAGGAAAGCGUUGGAAGUGAUGGAUUAAAUUUGCCUCGGCUGAUUGUCAAUCAAUUAAAAUGGCUUGACAGGAUAGUUGAUAACAAGGAUCUUGUUUCAAUGAUCACGCAGAUGGUUUAUGUUUCACCUCCAUCAAUCCAACAUGAUAUCAUUACAAGUCUGCCAGAAAUUCUGGAAGAUUCCCAGCAUAGUGAAAUUGCCAAGCAACUUAGUUCUUUGUUAAAGGAGAACAUUGGGCUCACAGUUCCAGUCCUGGAUGCGCUUUCCUGUUUGAAUCUUGAUAUAGAACUUCUCUCUGAGAUACGCCAAUCUGUCAUGAUUUCAGUGUCUGCUGUAAAAGUGGAAGAUUUACCUGUAAUAGUUAAAUUUAUUCUUCAUUCUAUGAAGGCCACUGAAGCAACAGAGGUAAUUUCUGACCUUCGUAAGAAGCUGAAUCUGGAAUCAUGUGCUGCCCUUCCAAGUAUCCAGGCAUCUCAAAGCAAACUCAGCAGCAAGGGACAGUCAAGUCUAUCUGCAAGCCAAAUGAGUAUUAACAAGGAUUCUUUCAAGCUCCUUUUUGAUGUAUUAAAGUCGGCUCUUAAAUUUCAGAAGUGUGUAUUAGAAGGUUGGAUUAAGGCUAUUGAGAAUAUUCCUUCUGCCUCUGAUCAUAAGGUCCUGGAUAUGAUAAUGCUGUUAAUCAUCUAUGCUACAAGUACCAAAAACAAGAAGCAAAUUGAGAGAUUAUUGAAGAGUAAGAUUCAGUUGGGUUGUUUGCGAGAGCAGUUGCUGCAGAACGCCUUCCGAUAUCACUCACUGGUUAUGAGAGAUCUUUUUCCAGCAAUCUUGUCAGUUGCUGAGAGCUUUGUGAACUCAGUAGAUCCUUGUGUUGUCUCCUUCGGCAGCUGCAUGUACAAGCAAGCAUUCAUGGCUUUUGAUUCUUACUGCCAGCAGGAGAUUGUGGGUGCCUUGGUUACUCAUGUAUGUGGUGGCAACAAGGUUGAAGUGGAUGUUUCUCUGGAUACAUUAACUGAUCUUGUAUCUGUCCAUACCUCAUCAGUUAUUCCCUAUGUUGUCUUUCUGAAGAGCAUCUUGGACUAUAUGGAUAAUCUUGGUCCACAGCAAAUCCGGAAGCUAUUUCACAUCCUCAGCAUGCUGGCAUUUAGCCAGGGGCAUAGAAACAGCCACAUCCAGGAUGAUAUGCACAUGGUGAUUAGAAAACAGCUCUCAAGUACUAUCCCUAAAUAUAAACGUAUUGGGAUUAUUGGAGCAGUUACCAUGGUUGGCAGUAUGGCAGCCAAGAGGAGCAAAGAAAAUGGGAAAUUGCUGGAAAGGGAACAGCUGAGCAAGGAACAACACAGACAGAUUACAACUUUGCUGGAGCUUGUAUUCUCUUGUUGUGGACAGGUUCCUCAUGCCUUGGCUUUGUACUAUGACGAACUUGCCAACUUAAUUCAGAAAGGAAAUCUGGAUUUGCAGGUUCUGGCCUGGAUUAAGGACUAUGUGGUCCAAGACUUUGAGAGCGAUUUUGUCACAGAUCUUCACCAGAUAGAGGAUAGCACUUUCCCAUUUUCGGUGAAAGCUCUAUAUGGCUUGGAAGAUGGUGAAAGUCAGGAGGGUAUUGCUAUUAACUUGCUGCCCCUGUUAUCCCAGAGCUUUUCCACGAACCUGGAGGUAACAGCUGCGGAAAGCAAGGACAAAAGGCUAGUGUCUCCAGUAUGCUUGUCGCCCUUCUUCCGAAUGCUGAGGCUCUGCAUGUCAGAACUGAAUAAAGGGAGUAUGGAGGACAUUGAUGCCUUAUUAGUGUGUCCUUUAUAUCUGACUAACUUGGAGGUGACAGAAAAAAUAGAGUCCUUGUCAAAGGAAGAACGCGAGUUCCUUUGUUCUCUCUUAUUUCAUGCGGUGAACUGGUUUCGUGAGGUUGUAAAUGCUUUCUGCCGAGAAGAAGACGCUAAUAUAAAAGGAAAAGUUUUGACUCGGUUACAGAACAUUACGGAGCUACAGUGUACUCUGGAAAAAUGCUUAGCAGCAAGCCCUGGAUAUAUUCCUCCUCUUGCUAACUUUGAUUCUGAGACCUUGGAAGCUGCACCUGCUUUCAAUACCAUUUCUGUUAGUAAAAAAAAGAACAAAGGACAAAAAAGACUAAAAUCAGAUAGCAGCAAAAAAAGCUUUGGAGAUAAUUCACAAGUAGAUGAGAACUUGGAAAUAAUUCAAGCUGAAGCUGAGACAAGUCAACAAGAGAAAUCUAGCUCUCCAGAAAAAGAUCCCGCAACUCCUUUAAUACAGCUGCAGAAUUACAGUGCAUACUUCCGUGAAUUAGAUUUGGAAGUUUUUACCAUCCUUCAUUGUGGACUGCUGACCAAAUCUGUUUUGGACUCAGAGAUGCACACAAAGAUUCGUGAAGUAGUUCAGUUAGAGCCAACUGAGCUCUUGUUCCUUUUAGAAGAUUUGUACCGGAAAAUGGAACAUAUGUUAAUACCAGCUCCUGCAAGGAGACUCCCUUUCAUAAAGGGAAAAGGAAAUAAAAAUGCUGGAUUUUCACAUCUUUGCCAAAGUACAUCUCAAAAAGUGAUUGAGUAUGCUGCUGAACUUUUAAAGCCACUGUGCAAUCACAUAGAAAAUAUGCACAACUACUUCCAGACGCUGAUUACAGAGAACCAUGGUGUGAUUGAUGGACCAGGCGUCAAUAUUCAGGAACAUCAAUUAAUGUCAUCCUGUUAUCAGCGCUUAUUGCAAAUUUUUCACUUCCUGUUUGCCUGGAAUGGAUUUUCUCAGCAUGAGAACCAUGGCUUACUAAAAGCAAGUCUGCAUAUCCUUGCAUGCAGACUUAAGCCAGGAGAUAGAGAGCUUCCUCUUGAGGACCUACUCAGUCAGAGUUUCCAGUAUUUACUGAAUUUCCAGCACAGCAUUCCUAAUAUCUUCUGUGCAUUGAAUCUUACCCAGCUUCUGCUUGUCAUUGCUGAAAAAUCUGUGGCCAAUCCAAAAAGCAAAGAAAUAGUUUCCAUGACAAAAGGUUUCCUUUGCCAAUCUUGGAUGCAGCCAAGUGGAACUCGUCAGAAGGGCUCCCAAUUUAAUGAUGCUCUCCAUGCUUUACUGACUAUUUAUAUGGAAUAUACACAUGAUAUCUUGAAGGAGAUAGAAGACAUUUCAAGCACUGGUGUUCCAGAACUAAUUCGUUCUUCUAAAGAUGGAUACUCUUCUACUUACCCUACACUGACCAGACAAACUUUUCCCAUUUUCUUCCGGGUGAUGAUGACUAAAUUAGAGACUUCGAUAAGAAGCUUAUCUGCUGGAAAAUCAGAUUCAAGUGAGAUCCAAUUACAAAAGUUGUUACACUGGAACCUCGCUGUACGUGAUUUCCACAUCCUUGUUAAUUUGGUCAAGGUAUUUGACAGUCGUCCUGUACUCAGUGUUUGCUUGAAGUACGGUCGUCUGUUUAUAGAGACAUUUUUGAAGUCUGGUAUGCCUCUCUUGGACUACAGUUUUAAAAAGCACAGGGAGGAUGUACAGAGUUUGUUGAAAACCUUGCAACUGAGCACCAGACAACUUCAUCAUAUUUGUGGCCAUUCCAAGAUUCAUCAAGACACAGGUCUCACCAGUCAUGUACCCCUCCUAAAGAAGUCGCUCGAGCUAUUUGUUUACCGAGUGAAAGCAAUGCUGGCUCUCAAUCAUUGUCAGGAGGCUUUUUGGGUGGGCAUCCUCAAAAAUAGGGACUUGCAGGGAGAAGAGAUCCUUUCACAAGCAUCACAAGUAACCGAAGCAGAAGAGACAGAGAUGCCUACACAUUCUCGAACAGAUCCUGGAGAGGAAAAGGAAGAUUCAGAGACUGAAGAUACAGUGGAUACCAAUGAUAGUGAUGAAGACAGCUCUGAUUAGAAUGUGCUAUAAUUCUGGGUGAAACUUUUUGGCUUAGAUUACUGGAAUUUAUACCUAUAUCCCACGAAAUAUUAAAAUAAAUUGGAUGAGCCAAGGGCAGUAUUAUUUAUUUGCCUUUUAAUAAUCAACUCUUACUAUUACUUUGAAAAUGAAUAUAUUGAGCACUCUUUUUCUCCCCCUAUGCCUUUUUUUGCAUCUCCAUACGAUUCCCCAUAAGCAAAAAAUGACAUUUUACUUGAAGUGUUGUAAUCAACAUAAUUUUUUUAGGAAAGUUUACCAAUAGCUUUCCUGCAUUUAACAAUUGUGUAAGGAAAUGAUUCUAUUCAUAUUUAAUAAUUCACGUGGUUGGAUAUAAAAUAUAAAAUAAAUACAUUUAAAUUGACAUUUAUUUGUCUCAGGUGAAAGACAGGUGUUUAUAUUUGUGAUCCCAACAGAAUAUAAGAAGAAUUGGGGAUUAUAACAUUAAAAUAGUGGUGGGUUUAUAUAAUCUCACGAUAUAUUUUUUAAAUAAAAGCAAAAGCUGAUUUCCAUUCAUGUUUUUUAAUCACAUGUGAAGCAAACUUGCACAAUCAAGUACAGUGAAAUUUAGUGAUUCUGACAGCCUCCAAUUUUGUUUCUUGAAUCAAAAUAUUGCUAUAAGGAAACCUCUCCUUUUAAUUCCAUUUGAAGACUUUGUCUUGAGAGACGGCACAGGCUCAGAUUCGUUAGUCGGAAAUAGACUGACCACUUGAUAUCACUGGGCUAUCUUGGAAAUAAGAUAGGGUGGUGAUGCUUUGAAUUGCCAAGGAAAUUCGGAAUAAACAACGCGGGGGGGGGGGGGUCGUAACCAAAGAGUGGAAAGGUCUUGUGUCCUCCCGUCUUUUUGGAACUCAAGUCAGGUGCUCUUAAGGUUAGGAUUAGGGUUCCACCCCGGAAGAUUUGUUAUUGGCUACUAUUAUAAAAAUUUCACAGAAAGGACUACCUCUCCAGCCCGAACGAAGGAACCUGAGAGCCACAGCCCACAACAGUCGGGCACAGUUUGUAAUGUCAGCCUUUGCAAGCUACUUCCGGGUUUCAUUUCCUCCGGUAGCUCGUUGCAGCCAAUAGCGCUGCGGAGGUAGGAGCCGAGCUGCGCAUGCUCAAGAGUAGGAAAGGAAGCGGGCUGUUCCGGGGAGCGUCGUGCGCGCGCAGGCGUCCUCCCUUAUCGGUUGGGAAGCGGAGCUGCUGCCAGCUGGCUCGGCCAUGUCGAUCCAGGAAGACCCGGUCCAGCGCGAGAUUCACCAGGACUGGGCGAACCGCGAGUACAUCGAACUGAUCACCAGUUCCAUUAAGAAGAUCGCGGACUUCCUCAAUUCCUUCGACAUGUCCUGCCGCUCCCGCCUGGCCACGCUCAAUGAGAAGUUGACGGCGCUGGAGAGACGGAUCGAAUACAUCGAGGCCCGGGAGCUCAAGGAGAUGUAAAUAAUGCUCGUCCAAUUUUCCCCAUAACAGGCUGCACUGAGAGACAGUGGCCUAAAGUCAUUUGAUGGCUGAGCUUUUGUGGGUAACAAAGGGUGAAACAUUGACAUAGUGUGAAGCUGGCAAGAAGUCAACCUAGGGAGAAAAAAAGUGCAGCUGUUCGGAAAGCUGAUGAUCAGACUUCGGGUUUCUUCAUUAUUUAACAUGGAUGGGAGUUAACUCAUUUUUGCCCCUUGGGAAGCUGCCUCCUCCAUUUGGAGACUUUGUGUGGGUGAUUCCAACUGAAAUGGCUAAAUUGUACAACAGCAUGUUUAAUUAUGUGGUUUUAUACAAGCAGAUUCACACAGUUCUUGUCCUAUUGUGUCCCAUGUACACGCAGAACUCUGGCUCCACAACAGUUAAAUAUUGAUGGAACACAAUCUUAAUUUCUGGGAACACUGAUUAUUACUAUGAGUUAUUUUUGAGAAUCAGGAUGUUAGGGCUAUGCAUGGUGUGUGGCUCUUAUGGCUCGCUAUUGCUGCUCCAAGAUAUCAAGUAACCUAUUUGAAUAAAUGUGCAGUAUGUGUAGGGUGAGCUGGGCUGAGGGAGAACAUGUGCCAAGGGAGGGAUGACUCAGUUUUCUAAGUAUUUUGUAUUCUUUAAUGUAAUUUGAGAUGUCUUUUCCAUUUGUGUUCAACAAUAAAAUCACUUCUGCUUAA